AUGGUGGCACGGAAGGUUCAGGACGGCAGCUCAGAUGAGGAGGAGAUUGGAUUUGUGCCACACAACCGCGGAAACAAACUCAAACGAAGGGCGAACCCGGUCACAGGAGGCUGUCGGCUCCAGGUGCCCGACCUCAACAAGCAACACCAUCUUCAUACCCAGGAUGACAAUGAGGAUGAGAUCCGCGCCAACUUUAGGCGAUCCGUGGCAGUCUCAAAGGCAGCAGGACAAUCUGGAAAGCGGGAAGUCAUUCAGGUCCGUCGCCCCGGAGGAGGUGACAGACAUGGGGAUGGGCUCGAUGGAGGAGCAGGAGGACAGCAACAGGAACCGGAGCUGUCAGAUGAUGAAAACCCAUAUGCCAAUAUCCGGUUGAACGAGAUCUUGUCUCCCUUGGAGACAUCGACCGAGAUUUUGCAACGACCUCAGCACUGCAAGCUGUUCAAGAGUCCACAGUUGCAGAUUAUGGCCGUCCAUGCGAUGGCCAUGGUUGAGCGUGAGAAGAAGGUCAACAAGAUGAUGAGCAGGGUGGCACUGAUUUUGCAGGGGGAUGACCCGCUGUAUCCCCAGCUGGGCUACGGCAUGGGCGAAGGAUGUUCGACCGCACGGAUGGGCAUGCCCGACCAGGAGGAUUUCAUCCAGAAAAACGAGGAGUGGAAGCAGCACGGCGAGGAUCGAGCGCAAGUCCAAAAGACUCUUUCCUUGCUCAUGGAGAAUAUCCAUUGCAGCAACCAAUAUAUUGAGUUGCUGAGCGAGAGUCGGGAUUCUGUCAACCAUGUGCUGAAGCAGAAGAGACGUCUCUGGAAGAAGCUGAAGGAGAAACGCGAGAAGGAGCUGCGACACCGCUUGUUGAGCAAGAACAAGAAGAACAAUAGCAGCAACAAUGCCAACAACAACGGCAGUAUUGGCAAUGCUAAUAAUUCGAGUUCGCAGCACGCAGGAGGACAGGGAUCUUCAGGACACCAACAGCAGCAGCAACACCGGUAG